AUGAUGAUUUGUUGGACACGAGCCUUUGGCAGCGUCAUGAUGUUUCGCUCGGCCGUCUCGGAUUUGGUGGAUAGAAGAUUCCAGUGGCCGCGGCGGCAUCCUUAA